AAGAGAAUGUGUCAGCUUCGUCCUCCGAGCUCCACUCCCUCACUCCUCCUCUCACCUACUCGCACUCUCCUCUCUCUCUGUCUCUCUAGUACUCCUCGGAUUCGCCCCUGGGUGUUUCGUUUGGAUUAGGUUGGGUGGGCUUAACCCCCCGCCUCGUGCCGAUUUCGACCGGGAAUUGGAGAGUGUCUGCGCAGCUGGAUGCAUACGCUUCUUGAUUUUCUUCAGGAUGCGGAUGGUGCUCGGGAGACUUGUCAGCUGGCUCGCAAGCUGGGCCUCAGGUAGCAGGUAGUCAGCUGGUCUCUUGAGUUCAGUCGAGUUCUGGCUGGUUUGGGAUUUCAGAAUGUGCGGUCUGCUCUGCAGCUCGUCGGGAGUAAGACGAUCAACUCGAACGACACGCGAUUUCAGAGGAACGUCGUGCGCGGGAUUCUGGAUAAGUAGGGAGCUGCAAUGAUUACAAGACGUGGACCCUUCUCCCUCUGCGUGAUUCUGUAAACUGUCACUUAGCAUUUCCCUGAUGUGCAAGUCAUGAUUCAAGGACGGGGUGUAGACUCAGCUGUGGAAACCUGCCUGUCGCCCAGCAUUUUGGGCCUUGCAAAUGUUGCGCGUAACUCAAGAGUAGGGUUCAACCUCUUGUGAUUUUAGCAUCCUCAAGGCUCCUUGAAAGCUCUGUCGUCCCGUCGACACACAAGCAAGAAUGUGAGACGUUCAUAAAUCUUGGCAAACAAAUUCCCGAAAACGAGACUGCUCUUGCGUCGGACUGCUGUCAUGGCUAGCGGAAGCAUGCACGUCAGAACGGGGAGUCUGAACGGGAGAUCGGUCAGGAAUCCGAACCAUGUCCGACAGCCCUCCGACAUCGACAGUCUGUCUCCGGAAGUAGUUGCAGCUCUGCAAUCAACCUUCGGUGGGAGGCUGAGCGAAUUGAGGUCUCUAAACUCGCUGCCCAAGAGGACGGAACCGGAGCCUUCUCCACUGAAACCACCAGUGAUCGAGGAAUGGGACGAAGAAGAAGACUCAGACAGGGAAGGGAAGUAUCUGGUGGCAUCGUAUGUGACCGGCAUCCUCAUCUCCGUCAUCAUCCUAUUCACAGCGGGCAGAGGCAACAACGAGGAUGCGGCUUGCGGAGGUGGAGUCGAGAGCAGUUGUGUGCGCCUCUACGGAUACAUUCUGCCCAUCGGAGUGUCGGGGAUCAGCCUGCUCGUGGCACUGGUUCUCUCGGUGUUCGAUGUGGCGUUCGGAGUGUACAAUGUGCUCAGCACCACGGAGAAGUACUUCCUCCAAGCUGAUCUCAGGCUGUCGGACAUCCCUCAGGUGGUGAUGGCUUACACGAUGGACGUGGGAUUCGUGAGCGUGGCGAUGUCGCUGCUCUGGAUGGCUCGAGCGACGACGGUGGACCCGAUGUUCACGCUCUGCUACGAGGGGCUCAAGGUGUACUGGACGUUCGGGCUGAUUCUCAUGGGGGCUGUGAUUUUCUGGUGCGCUGUGCAGUCGGUGCGGGACCCCGAGUCCACGCACCAGUUCAUGAAACGAGCCGCCAGAGUCGUGCUAGCGCUCCUGCUCGUGUUCGCGCUGAGCUCCGCGGUGUACUAUGCGCUGGCGCCGGCGCAUCCGAGGCCCCCGUGCCCCGACCCCGACGCGGCGCCAGCGAACGCGACGGGCGAGGCCCCCCCUCUCCAGCUCUACCCCGGCUGGUGGUGGGAGCCCGAGCCGCCCAAGCCCGCAGCGCAGCCUCUGCAGCUCUUCCUCCCGGCCCCUGCCGUGGACCGAGCGCAAUGCCCAGCGCGUCAGAGCCUGCCCCAAUGCCGGCCCCGGGAAGAAGACGAUCGGGGAAUGUGCGAGGCUCGAUACGAUGGCGGAACAUGCGAGCCGAGGCCCGAGCAGGGAAUGUGCGAAGCUCGGUACGAGGAGGAGGAUCGAGGAAUGUGCGAAGCUCGGUACGACGAGGAGGAUCGAGGAAUGUGUGAAGCGAGGUACGACGAGCGCGGAAGCUGCGAGCCGAGGGCGGAGGAAGGAGUGUGCGCCCCGAGGCACAACGAGAUGUGCGAGCCGAGGAAUUCGCCGGAAUGCGAGUGGCCGUGGCUAAAGCAGGUUCAGGUGUACGAGCGAGGGGAUAAGUGCCGCUACGACUAUCCGCAGUGCGACUGGCCGCUGAUCAAGCGGGUGCAGGUCUACGAGAGCGAGCUCGUGUGCAAGUACUCGUGCCCGAGCUGCGACUGGCCGCUCGUCAAGCGCAUUCAAGUGUACUCUCGAGCGGAUCGGUGUGGCACCUUGACGCAUCCCGAGUGCGACUGGCCCCAUCUGAAGCAGAUUCAGCGGUACGAAGCGAAAGGGCGAUGCUUGCGGGGCGACCGACCGCAUUGCGACUGGCCCUUUCUGAAGCAGAUCCUCUCGUACGAGCCGUGGGACUUGUGCUCCGCGCUCCAUCAUCGAGAAUGCGUCGCCCAUGAAGGCAACGAGUCCUCAUGUGCCGCUGCGUAACAUUCCGUCUACCGCCCCCUGAUUCAUACGUUCAUAAUACUCGGGGGCAAGGAUCUGUCAUGACUGCGACGGGACGCGGGACGAGAGAGCAUAUUCGGGAAAAUUACAGGAUCGCCUUUUGUGAUUGGAUUGAGCUUUGGAUCUUCCACGUGCCUCUAGGGUAAUAAAUGAAACCUAUGAAAGCUCCAGCGAAUUCCAGCUGGCUUGUGAGACUGAAGCUGCUAUGCCCAAUAUGGAUUUGCUGGCCGGGCUUCACAAAUUCCACCGUCGCGCACGGAAAGGACCAAUGAUGUAUAACGAACGACGGCUAUGUACAUGAACUUGUCGGGUUUGGGCUUUUGCAACUUGGGCUGAAAGCACUGCCAUGACUUUUUACUCCGAGCCCGCACGGAACUUGUUUUGUCAGACUGCGGCGCAAUCAUGCGCCCUCGCGUGAUACGCACUCGGCCGAAAGAAGUCCUCCCCUCCAGUAGUUAAGAUCCUUCGCUGAAUCUCGCAGACCGAUCGUCCUGUCAGAAACUCUGCAUUCCUCUGACGAGAGAUGCUCCCGUGCCACGUCCGAGUCUCGUCACGCGCGUCCGAACAUGUGCCUGUGAUGGUAGAUCUUCCUCGUCCGACUAACCGAACACUUCAUCGGUCCCCCGGUCUUCACGCAACUGGCGAAAGGGAGCCUAUAGAAGGGAUCAAGGCAGAAGGAAUUCGAGAAUCUUCUGAAAAGUUUAGCCACUCGCAGACGCUUACCCACCACGAUUGUUGGAACCAUUUUCCAUCGUCAAGGGGUCCUGAUCAUUGAUAUC